UGUUCUGUUCUGGAUAGCCAAACCUUCGCUUCCAUUUUUCACCCUUCACUCACUACCAUGGCUUCAUGUACCACAACCACAACACCUUCCUCCUUGAUGCUCACACACGCGCAAGACCUUUCUCCCUCUCUUCGCUCUUUCUUCAACCCUAAGCCUCUCUCUAGAACCUUCUCUCUCCACCCUCUCAUUUUGAAGCCCAUCAAGUGGGUUCAUGUCAGUUUCCACACAGAACCCAAAUCCAGGUCUUGUCAUGCCAUCGUUUCUGCUCUCGCUGCUGAGGUUGAGGUCGCCGAAACUGUGGAGGAGAAGGAGGAUGGAGUGGAUGACGGUGGUGAUGGUUCCACCGCCACCAACACUGUCACUGUCCCCACCAAGCCAAAAAAAGGGAAGGCUGCAUUGCCUCUCAAGAGGGAUAGGAUGAGGUCUAAGAGGUUCUUGGAAAUUCAAAAGUUGAGGGAGCAUAAGAAAGAGUACGACUUGAAGACAGCAAUAUCUUUGGUUAAAGAAACAGCUAAAACCAAGUUUCUAGAAACAGUAGAAGCCCAUUUCCGCCUAAACAUUGACCCUAAAUAUAAUGAUCAACAGUUAAGAGCAACAGUUAGUCUGCCAAAGGGAACUGGAAAGCCUGUUAAAGUGGCUGUUCUUACUCAAGGUGAAAAAUUCGAUGAAGCAAAAAAUGCAGGAGCUGAUUUGGUGGGUGGAGAAGACCUGAUAGAACAGAUUAAAGGAGGGUUCAUGGAAUUUGAUAAAUUAAUUGCUUCUCCAGAUAUGAUGCCUAAGGUUGCUAGCCUAGGGAAGAUUCUGGGGCCAAGAGGACUGAUGCCAAAUCCAAAAGCUGGCACUGUUACACCCAAUAUUCCUCAGGCUAUAGCAGAAUUCAAGCAGGGAAAAGUUGAAUUCAGGGCAGAUAAAACUGGAAUUGUGCACUUACCUUUUGGAAAAGCUGACUUUCCUGAAGAGGAUCUUCUUGUAAACUUGAUUGCUGCAAUAAAAUCAGUAGAGGCAAACAAACCGUCGGGUGCUAAAGGCGUGUACUGGAAAAGUGCACACAUUUGCUCAGCAAUGGGGCCUUCAAUUAGGUUAAAUAUCAGGGACAUGCUUGAUUACAGGCUUCCAUCAGAAUAGAACACCUGUAAAUGCUUGUUUUGACGUAGUCAGCUUUCGGGGUGCCAUUGUGAGAUCCUUCCAAAUACAAUAGUCAAAGAUGUUACCAAAGUUACAUACGGGGAUUAACUUGGGAUAGUUUGAUGGUUAUAUCUCUGUUAAAAAUCUGCACCAAAAGUAUGCACACUUCAUGGUCUUUGACCCCCCCCUGGCUGAGGAUUUUCCUUGUAUUAUUUUGUAACUAACACCGGAGAUUUAAUUAUUUAUAUUUGAUAAUCAGGCUUUCCCUCUUCA